UCAGCAAAUUGAACUCUCCUUAUUUCAUUUCUAUCAAUUUGUACAAUGCAAAAUUUUGACGAGAUAAGAGUUGAAUUUUGAUGUUUAUCUUUCAAAGCUGCAGGAUUUUCUUUUGUUUGUUUAAUAUCGAUUUGACUAAACUUACGUAUUAUCAUUUCAUUUGAAAGAGACGAAUACGUCUUUAAAGGUUUCUUAGCGCAAAUUACAUAAUUUUAAUAUUUAUGAACUUAACUAGCUACAAUCAACAUAAUUAUAAUAUUUAUGAACUUUACUAGCUACAAUCAACAUAAUUAUAAUAGUUAUGAACUUUACUAGCUACAAUCAAGAGCUUUGUCAGCUAAAAAGUAAUUCUUAUUUGUCCGCAGUUGAAAUCAGGGUAAUUUAAAAAGUAGAUCAUAUUGUAGUUAUUACAAGUAAGGGCUUUGACAGCAAUGAUUAUCAUUUGGGACAUGCCUUGUAUUUAUAAAAAGUAAUAGUGUAAUAUUUAAAUCAAAUCAAAUAAUAAUUACGGAAAUCACUUUUCAGCAAAUUGUACUUCUAAAAGUAAGGGCAUAUCUAGUCAUUUUAAGGAAGAAUUUUCUAAGAUAAAAUGUAACACCAAAAGUACCGUGUAAGUCAUAACUACAUAGAACAAAGAAAAAUAUUUUAAAAGAAAAAGAAAGGAUUGUAGUCCAAAUUCUAGUUAAUGAAUCAUUAUCUGUGGACUUUGAUCAAAACAAGAACCUGUUAAAAUUUUAAGAUACAAGUCUGAACAAUUCUUCAAAAGAAUUCUUCUAAGAAUAAAGUUUACUGCAGGUUCUGGGAAGAAUGUAAACACACUCAUCCUUCCUAGAACCUGUAGUACACAACGCGCAUACACUAAAGUCCCAUAGAUUUUUUAUAUCCCCUUGCUUCUUCAUAUUAAAUCAAAUUCUAUGCAGUAUAUAUAUUCUGUUCUGUUAAAUAUUGUAAAAUACUUGAAUUUGCAAAUCAUGCAAUGCAUGAAUUAUCACAUUUUCAAUAAAUUUGUGCUCAGAAUUUUUUCACUCGAAUCCAUAUUUUACAGAUUAUUCUCAUAUAAAUUUAGUUUCUGCUGAAACAAAAAUAACCACUGAAAAAUAAAGAUAAAUAUUAUGCUUUAGGUUCUUUUUUAUCCAAAAUGAAUAAAGAAGAAUUUGAAAACCAAAGUCCAAAAUUCUAUUAGUUAAACAAGAAGUUUAAUUUUUUGAAGAGCCUGGGAAAAUGAAUGAGGUUUCCUGGUAUUUAACUUUCAUGAUUUCACCUGAAUCCAAUAGAAUUAGUUAUUGGAAAACUAAUCUAAACCUGAAAGAAUUAUUGAGCUCGUACUUUUGCUUCAGUCAAUCAUUGGACUCAGUUCUAUUAACAUUAUCCUGUUCAUUGACUGGUAUAAGAUGGAGGCUCAGAUUUUACCCCAACCUAAAUUCAAUGAAAAUUUGGGUGCUUUAACGGCUAGAGAGUUGGUUUUAGACAUGAAAGCCAAGAUUAAAUGCCAACAGUUAGCUGUAACUGGUCAGAAGUCCAAAGCCUGGGAUUUAUUGAAGAAAAAGAUAACCUCAGCUAAAAUUGAGGAUGCUCUAACAUCUGCUAAGAUUUAUGUGAAUGGUCAUAAGUUUACAAUCCUGCGACCACUAGGGGAGGGAGGAUACUCAACUGUGUAUGAAGUCUAUUCUAGAGAUAAGAAACUGUAUGCUCUUAAAAUUGUCAACCUAGCAAUUCAUGCUGAUUGUGUGAAGCAAGAUUUGAUCAGGGAAAUUGUUUUUCUUGAAAAACUGAAAAAGUGUGAUUUGGUGGUCAAAGCUUUUGAUUAUGAACUGAGAAAAACUGAAGAUGAGCAUAAAAUGUUUGUGCUUAUGGAAAAAGGUGAUAAAGAUUUUCAUCAAAUUCUAGAAGAGCAUAGAAAUAGAAAAUCUUUGAGCCCUGCAAAACUGCGAUACUUCUGGGAAGAGAUGUUGGAAGCUGUUCUGGAACUUCAUGAAAACAACAUAAUUCAUACAGAUCUUAAGCCUGGAAAUUUCUUGCUUGUUGGAGGACAGUUGAAAAUCAUAGAUUUUGGUCUUGCAAUGGAGUUAAGGGCUGGACAGGAUUAUGCUUACCGAAAAUUUGUUGGCGGAACAAACAAAUACCUAUCCCCAGAAAGCUUGAGUGGAGGCAGCAGUUUUGAUCCAUCAGGUAGCAAGCUCUGCACUAAAUCAGAUGUUUGGGCACUUGGUAUUGUUCUUUAUCAAGCAGUUUAUGGUGUCCUUCCAUUUUCUUCGGUACCUGGAGGAAGAGCUGCUAAGCUUAAUGCAACUAAUGACCCAAAUAUUCCAGUUGAUUUUGAAGUAUCAAGUUCCAUAGAUCCUCAUCUGCUUGACACAAUGAAGAGAUGUUUGGAAAAAAAUCCCGAGAAGAGAGCUUCAAUUAAAGAACUACUAGUUCAUCCCUACCUAAGACCUGAACUGGGUUCAAAAAUUGAACAAGUUUCUAGUACUUGCAACGUUUGUAAGAAGAAAGGAAGAAAAUUGGCUAAAAUAUCAAGUCAAAGAAAUCAACAGACAUUAUCCCAAUAGAUUAAAUAUACAAUUUUUUAAGGUAACCCUUGGGCAUGUAAUGUGAUGAAAAUCUGUGUAGUCAGACUAAUUGUACUAAUUUUCAUAAUCAAAAAUAAAAUUUUAUUUAGUUUGUUGAUCUAAAAAAAAUAUUUACAAUAC